GGUUAUCCGCUUGUCGACUUCGUCUUACCCCCCUCCCUUCAUCUCAUAUAACCAACCAUGUCUCUCGCAUCUGGUGUUUCCAUUACCGAUGAGUGCGUUACCGCAUUCAACGAGUUCCGCAUGAGCGGCAACAAGUCGGGAAGCAAGACGAAGUUCAUCAUCUUCAAGAUCGCCGACAACAAGAAGGAAGUUGUAGUCGAGGACGUUUCCCAGGAUGAGGACUACGAGGUCUUCCGCAGCAAGCUCGAGGCCGCCCGUGAUGCUAAGGGCAACCCUGCUCCCCGUUAUGCAGUUUAUGACGUCGAGUACGACCUGGGUGGUGGUGAAGGCAAGAGGAGCAAGAUCAUUUUCAUUUCCUGGGUUCCCAGCGACACCCCCACCCUCUGGUCCAUGAUCUACGCCAGCACUCGUGAGAACCUGAAGAACGCCCUCAACAUCCACACCUCCAUCCACGCCGACGACAAGUCCGACAUCGAGUGGAAGACUGUUCUGGCUGAGGCCAGCGGUGGCAAGGCUGGCAAAUAAGCAACGGCGCCGGCUGGGCCCGGGCCAGGUCACUUGAGUGCUAGUUGUUGCAAUUUGCAACACACCGCACUGGCUCACUUCACGGAGUACCCCGGAACGACCAACUCCAUCAGUUUCCUGCACAAACUUAGUUAAAUAUGAGCUCGUUACGACUUGAUUUCCUUGAUAGUGACCGUAUCAUCUUGCGUUCGUGGCACUUUCCGUGAUGAAUGAGCGUCUGGGAGGGGCUUUUCUUUCUCUUUAUCAGUGUUUGUCUGUACAGAAUACUGUUGCCUGUCAUGGAGUGUGAUUACGCAAUUCGAUGUAGAGUAGAAACACGAAUCCACCCCCAUCCAAGGAGUCACGGGAUUGUCUGUGAGUCUAUACCUAGGUCUGGGGGUGAGAUCCGUCAGUACUAGUAGUCACAAGUAGAUAGUCCCGACUGA